UAAGGCUCGUCCAGACAGUGAUGGUAUGUGAGAGUGAGCCCACACAUGCUGGGCCAGACAGGCUGGAGGAAUCACAUGGACAACAGAGAGAGACCCAUUUAACUUCUAACUGGGCCUUCCAGCUUGUCAAUGACUCGCUGGCCUACUCCAGGGCUGACAGCGUCUGCAGAGGUCAGUUCAGCUCGCUCGCCAACCUCAACCAAUCAGAGGAACGAGAAGGGGUCAUGGAGCUGCUCCGGCAGACGGGACUUCGCUCACCUAUCUGGGUCCAGAAUCCCAGCAAAGCAGCCAACAAGCCCGUGGCCCUCUCCAGGCAGUAUUCCCAGUUCUCAGCUCUGAGCUUCCCAAAGGAUUCCCGUGAGGGUUUUGUUCGUGUCAACAUGUCCUUCCCUGCCCUCUCAUCAGUUACUGUGUGUGUUCGUGUUCAGUGGAGCCCAGACUGGAAUGAGGUGUCCACCAUCUUCUCCUACGCCGCGCCUGUCUUUACCAACGAGUUCCAGCUGAGAGGCCAAGUGGAUGUGCAGGGACGCAUCCUCCUGGCGCUCAUCAUCCAUGGGAAGCACCUGCCAUACAAAGCGUCCUUUCCAAACGACGGAGCUUGGCAUCAUAUUUGCGUCAUGUGGCGCCGGAGUAGUGGUCACUGGGCCAUAUAUGUGGAUGGAGAAAGAAAGGACACGGGGUCAGACAAGGACACUUCGAGGGAUAUCUACGGAGAGGGGAUACUCAUUCUGGGUCAGGACCAAGAUUCAUUUGGUGGGAAUUUCACGGAGCCCUUCUUUGGAAAUAUGACGGACCUGAAUGUUUGGAAUACGACUCUGGAAACGAGGCAUGUCCUUGCACUCAACGCCUGUUCCACCAUUACCCAGGAAGUGCUGUUUAGCUGGAACCUUCACCAACUCAGUAGACACCCAGCGGUCAGAGACAUAGAGGUCCUUCUGUUUUGCCCAGCAGUUGUCCAGCAGAUGGAGCUGCAGGGCUGCAGGAUGCUGCAGGGCUGGACGGAUCAACUCCCUCUGUUAGGCCUGACUGACUGUUCUGAUCCUCUGCCGUUCAUCUGCAGGAGCAGCAGAGAGCGUUACCUGAAGAUGAAGCAGAUGAGCGAUUCUCAGAGCUCGCAGCCGUCUGCCUUCAUGAAUCAUCUCAUGAAGCUCUCCAACAAAACACAGGUGGUGCUGGGUCAGCAGCCGCCAGAGCUGAGCAGUCUGGCUCAGGCCUCUGCCCUGCUGGAUGUCUCAGUCCAGGCCCUGGAGGACACCCAGCAAGAGGGACUGCAGCCAACAGACAUGGUGUCCCUCAUCCAGCUGCUGUCUCUGGCUGCUGACGUUCCCACGCAGCCCCCUGCUGAUGCCACCAACCAGAGCCAGGGGAACGUCCAGGAGCUCAGCCAGCACUUCAUCAGUGUGGCCGACAGCAUCAUUAGUGAAGACAACGCCCUCAAGUGGCAGGCCAUCAAAGAGGUGGUGAACGGCCCCAUGGACGUGGUCAACAGCAUCGACCGGAUGGUGACCAGCCUGAGCCCUCGUCUGAUGGCAGAGACAGAUCACCUGACCAUUCACAGCCCCAACAUCAAGCUGGAGGUGCAGCAGCAGAGGCUCCAGGAGGGAUCCAAAGGUUCGAGCUUCUGUGGCCCUGAGACGGAGAAACACACCAACGUAGACUGCAUUUCAAUCCCACAUCAGAAGCUACAGGAUCUCCUUAACAAUGGCUUCCACAGGCUCACGUUGGUUAACACGUGGUACGGCUCUCUGCGGCCUCUUUUCAAUCCUGACGAGAACAUCACCAUGGUUCCUACUGUCACUGACGGCAGCCAGAGGUAUCUGGGCACUGUCCUAGGCUCCUCUGUGAUUUCCACCACAGUGCUGGGAGACGACCAGCUGGUCAGCACAGCCGUACGCUUCCAGCUCCAGCACCGAGUGCAGAAUCCCACUGAUACGAUUUAUGAUCCAGUGUGUGCCUUCUGGGAUUUUGAGCUCACCCCAGAGGCAGGUGGGUGGUGGAACACGAAAGGCUGUGAGGUAGUGUCCAAACAAUAUGGACACACUGUGUGCUUCUGCAACCACACCACCAACUUCGCUUUGCUGCUUCAGGUUUAUGAAGCGCAGAGGAGCCCGGAGAACGAAAAAGCUCUACAGGUGCUGACGUUCAUCGGCUGUGGAGUGUCUCUGUGUGGCCUCCUCUUCACCUUCAUCCUCUUCAUCGCUGUGGGUGUCCCUAAAUCAGACCGGACCACCGUUCAUAAGAACCUGAUUGCUGCUCUUGGCAUCGCUGAGCUGCUGCUGAUGUGCAGUGACUGGGCAUCAGCCAAUGAGGCAGCGUGCUUCGUGGUGACCGCUCUGCUCCACCUCUUCUUCAUGGCCUCCUUUUCCUGGAUGCUCGUGGAGGGCCUGCUGCUUUGGAGCAAAGUGGUGUCCGUCAACAUCAGCGAGGACCGCAGGAUGAAGCUCUACUACAUCAUUGGCUGGGGACUACCUGUUCUAAUAGUCGGUGUAACAUUGGCAGUAUCAGUGAAAGAGUACAAGGCAGACGGUCACUGCUGGCUUAAUGUGAAGAAUGACACCAUCUGGGCCUUCGUGGGACCUGUUAUAUUUGUCCUGGCGGUCAAUGCGGUUGUGCUGUGUCGGGUUGUCAUGGUGACGGUUUCCAGUGCUCGCCGUCGUGCAAAGAUGCUCAGUCCAAGCUCGGCGUCAAAGAUGCAGACCUUUGACCUCACCUGGGCUGUGACCCGACCGGUUCUCAUCCUGCUGCCUGUCCUGGGUCUGACCUGGCUGUGUGGGGUGCUCGUCCAUCUGUCUAUAGUCGUCGCCUAUGUCUUCAUCGCUCUCAAUGCGUUCCAGGGCCUGUACAUCUUCCUAGUGUAUGCUGUGUACAACAGUGAGGUGAGGAAUGCUAUAAAGAGGAUCAAAGAAAAGAGGAAGGCCUUAUCUUUCACGAACUGUUCGCAACCAACCAGCUUCCUUCCGUCCCAGAGAGCCCCCAUCACCUCGUGGGGCCGCGGCGCUAUGACCCCCUCCAGCCCGGAGACAAGUGAGACCUCUGGACCCCCCAGCUCUGCAUCAACGUCACUGGUCAUCAAGAACGAGAGCUUCAGGAAGGAGAGCUUUGUGACGUUCUCUUUAAAAUCAGCAUCAGGAAACCAAGUGGUCCAGCUGACCGGGUACAAGCCAUCAGGUUGUUGAGCUGCAAAUGGAGUGGAUCCCGAUACUCAACCACAAUAAACAUGUACUACACCUGCUGAGAGAGGGAAGAAGUGGACACACACACAACCACACACACACACACACACACACCUGAACGGAUGGAGACAGUGGAAGAAGAUGCAACAUGAUGGGUGAAGGUCCAAUUCUGUGAAUCCUCUCCUGGUUUUUGUUCUCAGAUCAGAUCCAUGUUCACAUUUUUAAACAGUAUGUUGUUGUUUUUGUUUUUGACGCUGACAAACUGAGAGACAGAGCGUCGGUUUGUGGAACUAGCUGAGUGUUUGGCAGCUUUUGAAAAACAAAGAGUAGUGAGUACUUCUUGAGCACCAGCUUGGCACUUUGGAGAACCUGCAGGUUUGUGAGACCGCAGGUGUUUGAAAACUUUGGUUAAUAAAAUGUAACUGUGCCUGCAUA